AUCAUUGUGCUUUGUUUUACAUUUGUCUUGCAAGUUGAAAAGCCUCGGUAUUUUCCAAGACUGUAUUAAAGAAAAAUGCUAAUACGAUAUGUGACUUCAAAACGAAGUGCCAAAACUAGAAUCAAAGUCAGGUUUUCGUGUUUUUCUUACCAAGAUUUCUCCUUUAUUUUUCAUUUUAUUACCUCAACAUAAUCGCUCAAGUCACUGCACUGUCCAGCGGAGUCAAUCUGCAGACACUAGCGCGCAAGCUCUGGUCUACAGUCCCUCUUUGCUUUCCGUAGUCGCAGGAACAGAAACAUGGCUUCCUAUACAACCAAAGCGCUUCUCAUCUUAGGACGAAUAAACGUCCCCCGAUCCCGUCUGCAAAAUACCACAAACAGGGCUACAUACGUGUCAGUUCUGUCUACAAAUUCUCCUAAUGGAAAUAGAGGCUUGCCAGAGAGACGUGGCCGAGGUCAGUUUGGAAGAAAGCCCAGAAGAGAAGAGGGCAUGCCACGGACAGAGAAGAUGCCUGUAGAUCAGGACUGGACUGCAGUGUACCCCUCUGCUGUUCCCUUCAGAUCAAAUGCUGUCCCGCUGCCUGUCAGGAUGGGGUAUCCCAUAAAGGGAGGAGUCGCCCCAGACAAAAAGGCAAACUUGGAACUUAUCAAGAUCCCCAAUUUUUUACAUUUGACGCCAGCUGCUAUCAAGAAACAUUGUGAAGCACUUAAACCUUUUUGCACAGAGUGGCCCUCAGCUUUGGACACAGAUGCUAAAUGUGACGAACACUUUCCCAUUAAAGUCCAAACCACAGACUUUGUAUCAGCUGGUCCUUCACUCAGAAACCCAUCAGCUCGCAUUGUGCACCUCAAAGUGAAAUUGUCGAGCUUAAAUCUGGAUGAUCAUGCACGCAAGAAAAUGAUUAAACUUGUGGGAUCAAGAUACUGCAAAAAUACAGAUCUUCUCACUAUUACUACUGACAGCUGCCCAUUGCGAAAGCAGAAUUAUGACUAUGCCAUGUACCUUCUUACGGUCCUUUAUCAUGAGUCUUGGAAAACCGAGGGGUGGGAGGCAGAGAAGACUGUGGCUGACAUGGAGGAGUACAGCUGGGAAAACAGUCCAUCCCAAAGAAAUCUCUUGGACAUUCUAACUCGCAUGGAGGUGGUGGAGGAGGAGGGAGGGGAGGAGGUGCGCCAACAGCUCCUCGGACGGGCCGAGGUUCAGGAGUAUAAGGACUCUGUGACCAGGUUAAAGAACGAAGGAGAGAAUGAAGAUACUCUGCAACAGUAUAAAGAGGCUGUCAAGAAAGUACUCAAACUGUAAUUGUAAUGUGUUAUAGACAUUAUCUCUUCUGUGUACUUUAUACUUACCUGUGUGUAAUAAAUAUGAAUUGUGUAAUAAAUUCUAAAAUUUACUAAACUA